AUGACUGUGCGAGUAAGCCGACUUGAAGAGAUGGAACGAAGGCGAGAAGACAGCUCACCCAGUGCUGAAAACAAAGUCAACAAUCCUAAAAGCGAAUCCCAGUCAAGGCCCGAAAAGAAAUCUCAAACUACGGAGAAUACCAAGACGGUCGCCCAAGCCGAUGCAGAGCUUCGCGAACGCCUCGAGAAGAUGUCCGGAGAAGGGGAGCAUCCGGAAUUGAAUAUGAAGACGGUCAACCGAGUGCAAUGA